AUGGGUCUCUUUCACAGUGAACGGUUCAGCGAUAUCAAAGCCGUGGCUUCGGGCCCGGUGAUAACCAUUGGUUUAACCGCUAGCAUGGGAGGCUUCCUCUUUGGAGCUGAUACCGGUCAGAUUUCUGGUUUUCUGAUCAUGCGAGACUUCCUCCGUCGCUUCGCCCAAUACAAACCUGAAGAAGAAGAAAAGAACGGCGUACCCUACGGUUUCAAUAAUGUUCGUGAAGGUCUAAUUGUCGGUCUUCUCUCCAUCGGGUGUCUCAUCGGAGCCUUAAUAGCUGCUCCAAUCUCCAACCGCCUGGGUCGUCGCAUGGCAAUGAUCGUCCUCUGCGGUGUUUUCUUGAUCGGAAACACAGUCCAAGUGGCCUCUUUCCACGCAUGGUACCAAGUCAUGAUCGGAAGGUUCAUCUGCGGUCUCUCUGUCGGUGGUCUGUCGGUAUUAGUACCCGUUUACGUCUCCGAAACAGUCCCAAAACAGAUUCGUGGAGCUUUAGUGGCUACAUACCAGCUCUUUGUUACCAUGGGUAUCUUGACUUCAUACUGUGUUAAUCUUGGAACCAGUCAUGUUGAUGAUACUCCUUGGUCUUGGAGGGGCGCUUUGAUUGUUGGUUAUCUCUGGGCUUUGGUGUUGAUGGGUGGAAUGUUCGUUCUUCCAGAAACUCCUAGAUAUCUUCUCUCUCAGGGGAGGAAAGAGGAUUGUAUUAAGGCUCUUAAAUGGAUCGCAGGAAAGAAGAAUAAGAAUAACAAUGCUAUGAUCGAAUCACAGUACCAGGAGAUGUCAUCAGCCAUCCACGAGGAAAAAAGUUUUGCAAAGAAGUCGUUCUUCAGCAGCUUUGAUCCCAAGGACAAGAUCCUGUACCGAACUCUUCUCGGAUUUGGUCUCCAGAUGUUCCAGCAGUUGACUGGUGCCAAUUAUUUCUUCUACUACGGUACAACAAUUUUCCAAUCUGUCGGCCUCACAAACCCUUAUGUCACCCAAAUCAUCCUUGGCGGUGUCAACGUCGUCUCCACUUUUCCAGGCCUCUGGUUUAUCGAACGUUACGGCCGUCGUAAGCCACUGAUAUUCGGUGGUCUAUGGCAAUGCGCUUGGCUCAUUGUUUUCGCCGCAGUAGGCUCUGAAGCCGAUCCUAACAGCUCUACCGUCGGCUCAAUCCUCAUUCUCAGCGCCUGUAUGUUCAUCUUCGGUUUCGCAUCUACGUGGGGACCGGGUGUCUGGGUAGCCAUCGGCGAGAUUUUCCCGUUGCGAGUCAGAUCCCACAGCGCAUCAUUCGCCACAGCCGGUAAUUGGUCUUGGAACUUCUUGCUCGCGUUUUUCACGCCAUAUAUUACUUCAUCAAUUGGAUAUCGAUACGGAUACGUGUUUGCGGGGUGUAAUUUGAUUGGUGUUCUCAUGGUUUUCUUCUUCUACUACGAGAGUUCGAAUUUGACAUUAGAGCAGGUUGAUGAGAUGUACUGUGAUAGGAGUACCAAGCCGUGGAAGAGUGGUAGCUGGGUUCCUAGAGGAUAUGCUAGCAGGAGAGAAGCAGCGGAGUCAGAGAAGGAAAGGGCGGUCGUUGAUGCGGGGCUUAGAGAGGAUGCUACGCAUAUUGAGAAUAGGGGUCGCAAUGGAUCGAUUGAUACACACACUACUAAGGAGAGUGUGAACGCUAUCUAA